GACAGACAGACAGACAUAUAGAAAGAUAUAGCUAAAGACAAUCACCUGACUAGUCAGGACCCCUAGAUGCAUUUAGAAAGAACGACACAACGGUAAAGACGUGUUGUGUUAUAACUUUUAAAUUAAAUGCUGGCUUGUUCGAAGCCGUAAUCUAGCGCCGUGGAUCAGCUAAUUUGAUUCUAUACAAUCGUUUCUGUAGUUAAAAUUAGUUCGGUUGGUAAGCCACUUCAAUUCUUUUUUAAAACAUGAUUAUUAUAUCAAAAUGUGUUUUUAACUUAAAAGUUAAAAAAAUAAUAAUCUUGUUUACAUUGGUCCGUUUAUAUAUUAGUUUUUAUUUUCCUGGCAAACUGACAGCUACCCGUCAUGAAUGAAUACGAGGGUCCACAAAUGAGUAUUUCAGAAAAUGCAAAUAAGUGCCCAUGAGGCUCUUUAGCAAAUCAAUGAAGCACAAAAUAAUUUUAAUUAAAAAAUCCAUUUUCGCGACGUGUCCAGACAAGCUGUCGUAUGUACAUCUCCACGUAUUCUGGUUGUGAGUGGCAAGCAGUGAACACCUUCACCCUCAUUCAGGACACAAGAGCACUCUCAAAAUUACUUAAAUAAUCCUAGAAUUUGAACAGCAACUGCGUCACACUUAAGUUAAUAUUUACAGGCAUUUGUCGGCGUUUUACGAUUGAAUAUAUUUGGUACAGUAGGAUGCCAUCGGCAGACAAGAGUCUGAAUUUCCAAUCGAUAAUGUUUACUCGAGGCCUGGUUCUGAAAGUUACAAAGAGAAUUAUCAGUAUAUAAGAAAUGACAACUGUUCUUGACAUUAAUUGAAUUAAACAUCUGUACCAAAUACUUCCAUUUGGUUUAUACGGCUAGCGAACAAUGGAAAAUUCACAAAGGGGAAUAUUACAAAUGUUUCUACCGUUAGUCAUGUUUAAACAAUUAGACAUUCCUUCCACUGAUUUUUUCAUGGGUAAACAGUGCUUCGACAAUUGGAUUAUUUGAAGUGCCACUUGCUCUUCCUUAAUCGAGUCCGUGUUUUGUUUGCUUAAAGUGUUUUGCUUACCUCUAGAGUCAGCCAUAUUGACUCUAAACGCUUUAAUUUAUUUGUUAACUUUCAAUAUUGCUCCUAAUGGGAGUUAUGCACUGUUAAACCGCAAACAUUCUAAUACCUAUGCUCAGAUCUCAGGGCUUAGCUAUGAUCGAUCAUUUUCUUCGCUUAUCCCGGAAAAUGAAAAUCCAAAAUUUACAGUAGCAGUCUGAACCUUUCAUCACUCUGCAUUCCACUAUUCUCGGUUCCUGUGUCAGACCAACCGAUUAGCCGUGAGCAUAAGAGAAAACCGAUAUAAAUUGAGCAUAUUAACCUCGACUUUACGUAUAAAUGACGCUUUCAGAUCGAUCGAUAUUCAUGCAUGGCUACCAUUCCAGCCCUCAUGCAAUCUCUCCUCGCUACACAGCUACAAUAAUUGUCACCCGUAUUCGAUUGUUACCCCGCAGUUGCAAUUCUGGUAGUCGUUAACUUCACAUUCAGUUCGUAGAAAGUUUAGACCCUAACUAUUGUUUUUUACUUAUUUUUUUAGCAAAUAUGAAACUUCAUCCCACACAGAGGCUUUUACUCCAGACAUACGUUUUAAUAAUCUAUCUGCUAGUACUUCCUAGCAUUACAGCUGGUGAUAACGGAAUGAUUUCAACACUUUUCUCCGGCUACGACAAAGUCACCAGACCAGACUUUGUAAAAGGUAAUCCCACAACCAUUUUUACAAGUAUCUAUGUGGAAUCGUUUGGAAACAUAGAAGAGGCUAAUAUGGAAUUCAAAGUGUACAGUUAUUUUCGACAAAUGUGGAAAGAUUCACGCCUGGCAGGGAAGCUCAACAGUACAUUUACCAUAAAAGGAGGUGAGAUCGACAACAUUUGGGUCCCUGAUCCUUUCUGUUACAACGCACGUGAAACCAACAUGGUGAUGCCAAACGAAGAAAUCCAUAACUUCGUGCACAUUCAACCCAGUGGAGAUAUCAUAUACAGCAAAGGAGUAACUCUGGUGGCUUCCUGUGUUAUGGAUCUGAAGCAUUUUCCAUUGGAUUCUCAAGAGUGCUCACUGAAGUUUGGAAGUUAUGCAUAUUCCACUAGAGACAUUAUAUAUGAGUGGGUCCCUGAAGCAACUGAAGUUGUUGUUGGAAACACAGAAAUGGCUCAAUUUGAAUACAAAGGCUCCAAGUUGUCAAAAGAAAUGGAGGUCUUUAGUGUGGGGAAUUUCUCCACAAUAACAGCUACGUUUUCAUUCCAGCGGCGCAUUGGCUACUUUCUUAUUCAAGUUUACUUCCCAAACAUUUUCGUUGUGAUGCUAAGCUGGAUUGUUUUCUGGAUGGAAAGAGAUGAUAUUGGGAACAGAAUGGCUCUUGGAAUCACCACCAUCUUAACCAUUAUGUUUCUUCUUGGAUCCCUCAAUGGCAACUUGCCUAAAGUCAGCUAUCCGAAAGCACUGGACUGGUAUCUACUAGUGUCAUUCUGCUUUGUGUUUCUGUCCUUGAUUGAAUGCAUGAUCGUGUAUGUGUUUACAGUUAGCGCCAAACAAGACAAGGAGCAAAUUAAAUUAAAGAAAGACAAAAUUCCUCUGUCGAAAAGAGUCACCGCGUCGUUUAAAUCAGUGAUUGGCUCAAAGAAUGACGUCAGCUCUCCCUCUGCCAAUGGCGAGGUUCAUGGAGUUCCAAAUAUGGGAUCUGAAGAUGACCUUGAAAUGGUUUACAGAGCUACCAAGGCAAACAAGGCCGUGGUGGAUGACGGGCCACCGGAUGACAACAAUGGAAACAAAAAGAUGUCAAAGAUAGCUGACGUAAUUGACCAGGCGUCACGUGUGUUGUUUCCUCUGGUCUUCCUGUGCUAUAAUAUUUUCUAUUGGACUUACUACUAACGGGAGUUGCGGAAUGGGUUUGGCCAGGUUCGUACCCCGGCGGGUUGAGCAGGGCCUCGCUUGCAACGGAAGCGGCGAAACUAAUGAGAUGGAACUUUUUCAAAAAAUAAUAAUGUUUCCAAGCUAGUUGUUGUCCGCUCAAGAAAAUCUAAAAAGGGAUAUUGAAGAGUAGUCCUUUUGUCAUAUAAUCGGAGUUGGCUUGCUUGAAUCUUUUUUUAAUUUUUUUUUUUUUCUUUUGUUGAAAUAUAUCUGUCUACGCGAGGGCACACAAGGGUAAUAGUUUUUACAUACACCUCGCAAAACCGGGCCCUUGUCGUACCCAUUAUACUACUACCACAGACUUAAGUAAGCGUCCGAAGCUUUAGGUCACUAGGCUCGUAAAAACUUGCCUAUGGCUGCAGAGGCUGCAGAAACUUUUUUAGAUAUAAUCCUGUAAUCCUUUUAUAUAAAAUAUUUUCGCUUAAUUGUAAACAAGUUCUUCACGAAAACAACAAAACGUUUGAGUUUAUCAAAUAUGUUUCGACGGAAACUUCUGUCAUCCUUGUCUGCAACUAUCAAGACCCUUUGCAAACAAGCUCUAAAAUAAAAGUUAGUUAGCCGUGUAAAACAAAGUGCGCUGGGAAAAAUAAAAUUUGAUCGUAUGUAGCGAAGUUUUUAAAAGUGUUAAUUCUAAUAUGUGUAUACUUGACAGAGUCAGGGAGUUCCGUCGUGCACGAAACAAGUGUUCGCCUAUAUUUCUUCUUACUGUACCACGUUUAGUAGUUAGCAAAAUAAGUGUGACCGGACUGUUUAUUUUCAUCUUUGAGUUUGUUGUAGUUCUUUUUAUAACUUACAACAGAAAGUGAUAGAAAAACAUGCCAAGCAACUGAUCAAUGAGCUAACUUAUAUGUUUAAUUUUCAUCAAUUGCGCAUAAUUAACAUGCAUGGUGCAUUCAGUUCUAUAGCGAGUCCUACAUCCGAGAAACGACUUCGUCGGAUAUUAUAAAGAUUAUUGUUUGGCCUUCAGAUAAUUUUGUUAUCAUUCACUUUUUUUGACAGAAUUGAACAAUUGCUCGACGAUUAACAGCCCUGCGGGCGAGAACGUAUAACGAUUUCAGUACCUGAAGAAAUCAUUCGCGUAAAUUAAUAUUGAAUUUCACUCAAAACCGAUGUCUGAUUACCAUUGUCUUGAUAAUAACAUAUGUAUAUUGCUUCUCGAUAUACAAACACAUCUUGAAAAUAAGAAAAUAUACUUUGUAAUAACUUGGUGGGUUUAUGAUUUUUGGCUCUUUGAAGUCGAUGCAAUGAGAUAUUAGUGUUUCGUGUGCUGUGUUGGAAAAACUCUAAAAGUUCUGUAAUAAAUCUAAUAGUCGUCUACGUACGUCAUAAACAAAUCAUAUUUUUAUAAAAGCGCUUCGUUGACAAUGAGAAAAAAAAUAUGUAUAUGCACUUAAAAUACUAACCUGAUAAAAGAAAUUGGUGUAAACAAUUUCAUUUCAAUAGUACCGAGGGUGUUAGAUCGAUCUGGAAAUUUCUAGCCAAUAUCAUACCACCUUUAGCGAGUGGUUUUGUUUUCACACUUAAAAUUAAGAUGCCAGACAAAACGAGGAUAAAUUUUCUAAACACAGUAAGCGAUGAUACAAACUCAUUCUUGUGUGUGAGUUUUAAAUUACUAUCAACAUGAAAGGAGAGUAAUGUGUUUUUUGUUUGCGCAUCCUUACAGAUGUUGGGUGCCCGUGUUUCCCUUGGAAAUUAGGUUACAAAUAAUGUAUUUUUGUUUCGUGAAUUGGCAAUUGGAUGCAGUUACAGGAAUUAGUUACGUAUUUUUAAUGUACGGACCGUCUCUAAAUUAUUCACAUACAAUUCUUUCGUUAUUUCACGACUGCUUGGCUGCUUUCGCCAGCAGUGUUAUUGGAUUUAUUUCCCUGCAGGGAGAAAACGCCGCAUGGAUAACGGUAAGUGCUAAUAUCAACGUAGAAAUUGUACCUUGCCACAAGGGUCCCGCCCUGCUAUUCAUUUGAAAAAUAUGUAUAUAUUCACGUUUACCUAUAUACUUAUCAAACCGUAUGUUUCACUUAUUUAAGAUCCCUAAGGUACACAGAUCAACUGGUGGACCCAAACAUCACCGUUGAAAUCUGUUUUAUAGAUCUUACGGGGAUCCAAGGCAAAUAACUCAACAUACGGAUAUUGAUAUCUCGACUGGUAAAGUCUGAAUUUCAUGAUAAAAUUUCAAAAUCUGGAAGCAUAGAGAAAUAUCCGGUGGACUACAAAGCAAUAUUUAAUGCGCGUGCAUGAUAAAUAGGGUGUCAAUAAAAGCAAAUAGGGACAUAUUUUCCAUGUCAUCAGCUUAGCGAAAAUCCUAUAAUUUUAUAACGUUCUAUGUUAUGUAUCGCCUCGAAUUGAUGUUUCCAGGUUUUUCUCGUAGAGAUAAAUAGUCUAAAUUACUCAACUACGCGCUGUUGUCGUUGCGUUUCCGAGAUCCAAUGUUUAAGCAUUUCUUGGGCUACGCUCAUGCACAUAUACAUUCUCAAUCAACAUUCAUCUUGGCAAGUAAACUUUUCUCAAGACUUCCUUGUUAAGUUCCACAUACAUGUAGAGAGACGACGACCUAGAUACAAAUGCUAAUCUUAGUUAUUUUCUCAUGACCAAACAAUAUAUUAUGUAUCUACAGUGGAAAUCAAUCAUUUUCACACUUAAAGAAAGCUCCAUCUAAUUCACAUUCUUGUGACCAAACAUGGAAGUACCCUUGACUGGAAGACUGUCCUGCUUCCAAACUAUUGGUGUUGUUCUUAUACUCAUGCUGAGUGGAAAACUCUCCUCAACCAAAGAAAACAGCAGUUCUGUAUCAGUGUUGUCAAGAUUAUUUUCAAAUUAUGACCAAGUGGUGCGACCCAGUUUUGGAGAAGGUCCAGUCGAAAUCUUGACAGAUCUCUACGUUGAAUCAUUUGGAAAUAUAGAAGAGGCAGACAUGGAAUUUAAAGUAUUUGGUUAUUUGCGACAGCAGUGGAAAGAUGACAGACUCACUGGAAAGCUUGACAAGGCAAUUACCAUAAAAGGAGAGAACAUCAAUCGACUCUGGUUACCAGAUCCCUUUUGUUACAACGCACGUGAUUCAAA